CCCACGUCCCUGCCUCUUCCCUUCGUCCUUUACCUCACUCUAUCGCUUCAAUUUCCAUUGAAAAAACUCAUUGUAUCGCUACUCAAUCUGAACCACAUCUCCCUCUUCACUACUUUGACUUGUAUUCAACUCAUCCAAUGCCUACUCCCAAGAGAAUUUCACGUACGCUCCCUGCGUCAAGCCCAAGACCAUUGUUGUUGUCACCUUCAAGGACAAAAGCUCUCCAAACGAAACUGGUCCCUGCCCAUAGGGAUGCUCCAGUGCAGACCCUCAAGUCUAGGGAUGCCCGACCAAGAAGGUACUCUACCAGUGGAGUCUCCAAGACCUACCGGAGUGUCUUCCCGAGGAGCUUCAAGCGGGACCCAAUUGUCAUUACCAGAGCAGAAAAACAUUACCUGAUAUCUGAAGACGGAAGAAAAAUUUAUGACGCAUCUGGUGGAGCCGCGGUGAGCUGCCUGGGACCCGGCCCAAACAAAAAGGUCACGAAAGCCAUAGUGAAGCAGCUACAUCGCGUACCAUAUGUAAACAGCAACGAAAUGACAUGUCGAAUUGUUAAGCGUUAUGCAGAGGCAUUACUUGCUACCACUUGGGGACACUUGGUCAGCUGCGUCUUUUACAGCUCGGGCAAGUAUAUCUCUGAAUCACAUACCAGAUAUUCCCUAACAAGAUGCAGGGACUGCAAGUGUUGAUGCGGCUCUCAAACUGACUAUUCAGUACUGGGCAGCGAGA